CGUUUACAGUUUGAUAAUGGCGACGAGUUUGUCGAGCACAGAGGACUAGAAGUUUUUGUUCAGCGGGAAGGUUGAGUCUGCCAGCAAUAUGUUGAAACCAGGAAGCGUGAAUGCAGUGUGCAAACAUUGGCUUAGCGGCAACUGCCUGCAAGGGGAUCGGUGUGUAUUUCUUCAUGGAGCAGACACUGACAGUCAAGUGAGCAUUGCACCAUCUCGAAGGAAUCCAUCUGUACAGUCUGGUUCAAACUCUUCUCUUCUGGGCUCCCCAGCUGUUAUGAAUUAUGGACAAGGAACAGUUGCUAUGCCCUAUCCAAUGUUACCUAUGGGGAACAUGGGAGGCCAAGGUCUUGUUCAGCAAGCCCCCACUAAUUUGGCUGACCAAAGACUUUUGAGACUGCAGCUUGCUGCACAACAGAUAACGGGACUACAACCACAGAUGCCGAGUGCUCAACGCCGGAUGCCCAGGCGUCAACAGCAAGUUCCUGGUCUUCAUCAGAUGGCCGGUCUUCCACAGCAUAUGGCCGGUCUUCAACAGCAGAUGCCAGGUCUUCAACAGCAGAUGCCAGGUCUUCAACAGCAGAUGCUAGGUCUUCCACAGCAGAUGCCAGGUCUUCCACAACAAAUUCCAGGUUUUCAACAGCAGGUGCCAGGUCUUCAACAGCAGAUGCCAGGUCUUCAACAGCAGAUGAUGAUUAACCCUGUUGGAAUGAACAUGUUUGGACAAAGUCAGCCAAUCUAUGCUGCUAAUCCUAUGAUGUCUUUGACUGAACGUCAAGGGCUAGACCCUGAUAGCAUGAAAUUUAUGGGCACUAGGUCUAAGAGAAAGUCUAGGUUCCAUGAUAGCUCAGAAGUGUUGCUUCCUACAGGGGAUCUGGUGUCAUCAAAACCUGUUCCACUGAUGGGUAUGAACAUGCCCAUGACUUCAUCAAUGAUGUUCGUACCACAAGACAACCUUGUGUUGCAGACACCUCUUGGUCAAAUGGGAAGGGCAGAAAGUUCUUCAUUACAGAUGAUGACCAAAUCCAUGGUUCGUGAUCCAAGUGAUGGUACUAUGGAUGAUGGCCCACAGAGGAAGAAGUCAAGAUUCCAAAAUCCUGAGUUUUCCAGGAUGGGAAAUGAAAGAUUAGAGUUUGCAGGAUCUAAUGUGGAAUAUAUCAAUAAUGAUCCAGGACCAGAUGACGAUUAUGUAGAAGACUUUGUUGAUGAGAUAAUGUCAGGGAUUGGUCCAAGAAUAAUUCAACCUGAAGAUUCAAGGAAGAAUAAGGGGAUUUCAUUCAAGACUUUGUUUGCUCCAAUGCGACAAAGGCUGGAGAAAAACCACAAGUCAGGUAAACUGGGAGGUAGGAUCAUGACAGGCCAAUCUGAUGACAUGCGGACCAAAGAUGACUCCUGGGCAUAUCUGAGGAACCAAACUGACGAUUACCGUAAGGGAGAUCCUUUCAGGAAAGACGUCGAUAAAUUUUCAUCACUGGAUCCUACCUAUCCCAGGAAGGAUAAUUUUAUUCAUGGACAAAGGGAAGACCAAGAAGUCAGUCGGAGGGAGAAUUAUUCUGGAUAUGGCACACAUGGACAUGCCUACGGACGUGACAAUCCACAAAGUGACAGAUUUGAUGACCAAGAAUACAGAGGAAAUGCAGAUGAUGCAAGUUUCUCGAGAAUCUCCAGAAGAGAUUAUCAAUCAAGAUACAGUGUUGAAACUGCCAGGGACACGUAUGUUCCAGAAUACACUGGUCAACAUUCUGCUGCAUUCAAAGAGAAUAUUAGCGGCGUAAAAGAGUCUUGGCCAAGGCCACAGAAUAUUGAGGAUCCAAAGCCAAAUUCCGAUUUAGAACUGGGAGUCAGACCACCAAGAGAAGUCAGGUUAGGGAUUGCAAUGCCAGAGUUUAUUGAAAAGUUUAUGAAAACCGCAGGUAGGUAUGCAAUAGGGGUGCAGCGAGUGACGGCAACUUACAACUUGCCUGGCAACUGUGUGGGGCUUCUGCCACCCAAAUUGAACACAGAAACUUGGGAGAUCCUGACAAAGAAAGCUCAAAACCGAGAUGAGAUCUUGCAAGACCUUCAGAGAUGGUUUGCUGGAGGAAUUAUUCCUCUGGUCAAACUUGCUGAUCUUUUUGGCAGCAACUUGCAGAUUGUUGAGGAUGUUUGUCGUUAUGCAAGCGAUGCUCUAAAUGUGUUCACUUUCGUCUGUUUCCUCCUUUCAAUGAAAAGAAGGAUCCUCAUGAGAAAUUCCCUUCAUAAGAGGUAUGGGAUCUUGUGUAGAAGACAUCAGGCCAUUUCCAGCUUCCUUUUUGGUGACAGUCUUUCCAAGGACCUGGAUCAUAUCAAAGCUGGAAGUUUUCACAUCCCCAGGUCAGAGAAGGAUAUCAAAGACACAAAUAAUAUUGAUCCAGAAUGUGCUGAUUUUAAGCCAGCUUUCUUUGCAUCUCUUGCUAUGCCUGGCAAUGAUGUUGAUGUCAAUGUUGCCAACAUGAUCAACAUGGCAUGUUCCAGCGACGGUAACCUAGUAGAUUUGAGGGAAAAAUACCAAAUUCCUUCAAAUUGCAGUGUACUAAUCCCUCCAAAGCUGAAUCCUGAGGUUUGGAAUCUUGUCUCCCGAUCUGGUUUGGAUCUGGACUACAGACUUCAAGAUGUGCAUAUGUCUAUUGCCGAGUCAAUGGUUCCUCUGCUGAUUAUGUUACAAUCAGUCCAGAACAGGACAUAUGAUGAGACUAAUACCCUGACUCUCCUCACACACUCUCUGUCCCUUCUAGGAAACUCCAUGUAUCAGAUCAACAGGGUCCGGAUGGAGUCCAUCAAGAAGAGCCUUCCGUCUCAGGUCCACAGCUACUGCAGCUUCCACUGGACAGGCGCCGAGAUGGUUAUGGUGGAUGAUAGUUGAUGUGGACUGUUCCAGUCAUUAUAACUUUACAUUUGCUGUUGCAGCUGAGGAUGACUGGAGUCAUUGACGGGAGUUCUGUUGUCAUUUGGCACAAGACACAAGUUCUUGUCUUCAUCUUCUCUGAGAUGACUGCAAAUAGCAUUUGAUGUUACCAUGCCUACGCGGUCAAUUCGUUUGGCAAUCAUCCUCAUCAGUUUUUUUUGUUAUUAUCCUUCAUGUUCUUCAGGAAGGUGAUGCUCCUUGUAUGUUUGCUGCUCAUCCCCGUGGGUGCCUACUGCCUAGCAACCAAUGCUGGUUGUAGGGAUGUUGGAUCUGGUGGUCAGGCUCGAUGACUUUGUUGAUAGCAUGUCAUACCCUGACAAUGUGGACAAUGUGUUACAAUGUCAAUCACUGGAUUAUUUACAGGCUCCUGUCAUUUAGAUGGAAUAUUUCUGAACAAGGUGUUGAGCAACAAAUAAACUGACUUCUUGUGUCAAGAUUACGAAAUUUUGGUUUAAUGGUAUACCUGGUUGAUUAAAGAUUUGUAAUAUGGUGGACAUGGUGAUGGAUUAUGUUGAAAGUGCCAAAAUACUACUAUACUACUGGAAAGCAGUUGUGAAUAUAGUUAAUCUAUCUUGACAGAUUUACUAUAGACAUAUGAAAAUGAGUUCUUGAACUUCUUUGAGUAGUAUGUGUCUGAAAAUGAAUUAAUAUGAAUUUUUGAAGAAAUGGACCAUGUGGUCCCACAAGAUACCCCUUCAUUAAACUGAGGGACGCCCACACUGGGGAUUAAACAUGAUCAGAAUUAUUUUUUUUGAGUUUCAGUUUGAAUUUUUUUUUUUCUUAAACUAAUUUCUUUUGAAGAAAUUACAAUGGUCAUUUGGGCCAUGUUAACUCCAGUGUUGAAAAAUCUUUGCAGAGAGAAUGUGAAGGUUUGAGUUGAUCUAGAUAUGUGCUCCUAAAUCAUCUCAACAUGAUCAUUAUGCGCAGGUACUUCCAGCAUAUAAAUUGUAAAAUGUGUAGGUGCUAUUGUUUGCAGGAGUGAUUUCUUGACAUUCUUGUUGGUUUGUGAGUUACCAUUGUAGAAUACAUCGUGGAAGCCUGAUCUAUAACAUUGCUUAUAUGGUCCUGGGAAAUACAACAAAAAAUAGCUUGAACAGAUGUUUCUAUAUCUUUUUUGUUACUGCCGGGGUCAAGGGUGACCCAGUCUAAGGUGCUGCAUUUCGCUGUGCAGAGUUGUGUCCCUUGGGCACACCAGAAUCCUAUGAUCAAGAUUCAAACCCCAAUUUGCCCAGAUUAUGUUUCUUGCUUUGUCAGCAACCGUCCCUGGGUUAGUCUAAAAUUUAUCCAUUUUUACACAUUGUUUAGGGUUCUCUGUUCUGCUGCAGAUAAACUACUACUUUGUUGAAGUAGUGUUUGUCAGUAUUAUAGAACAGGCUUGUUGAUGCUUCUGAGGAGGGAAGAGAAUACACCAGGCAUCGUCCUGCGAGAAGUGUUCAUGUGUAGACCACAACUUUGUGAAUUGUUUUGACAUCUGUGAGAAUAUGUACGCAUAAUGUAAAAUAUAAAGUUUCCAGAUGUUUCAACAUAAUGUAAUAAACUUCAUCCCUUAAUCA